UCAGGCAGAACAAUGAGACGGCAAGUACUGUUAUUUCUCUCGGUGCUGUGUCUCAGCUACGUGCUAGGGCAGGUCAGCUAUUCCAUUCCCGAAGAAAUGUCGAAAGGCUCUGUCGUUGGUAACAUAGCGAAUGAUUUAGGUUUAGAUCUAAAAAGGUUGAAAUCGGGUAAAGCUCGUGUCUAUACAGGAGGCAGCGUAGAAUACAUCGGGCUGAAUAAAGAAAGGGGAGUCCUCCUCAUCCAAGAGAGGAUAGACAGAGAGGCUUUAUGUGGAGAGACGACGCCUUGUGCUUUACAUUUCCAGUUAAUUCUGGAAAAUCCGAUGGAACUGUUUCGUGUCACAGUGGAAAUCACCGACAUAAACGAUAACACUCCCAGUUUUACAAAUGCAGAUAAACGCUUUGAAAUCAGCGAGUCCGCUGUCACAGGAUCGAAAUUCAUCUUAGAGAAAGCAAUUGAUUUGGACAUUGGGAUAAAUGGAUUACAGCAGUACUCACUCACGCCGACUGAUAACUUUGUAUUAAAAUUAGAAAACCAAGCAGACGGAAGUAAAAAGGUCGAGAUGGUUCUACAGAAGCCUCUAGACAGAGAAAAGCAGGACUAUAUCUCACUGUUGUUAACAGCUAUUGACGGAGGGGAGCCGCAGAUGUCAGGGACAAUGCAGAUAUUUGUCAAUGUAUUAGAUGCGAAUGACAACGCGCCUACAUUUGCAAAACCGCUGUACAGAGCAAAAAUACUAGAAAAUUCACUCAAAGGCACCAGUGUAACGACUGUAAGUGCAUCUGAUAAAGACAUCGGCAUGAACGGAGAAAUAUCAUAUCUGAUAUCUAGCAGCAAACGUAUUUUUUCUGAACUGUUUAAAAUGGAUUCGAAAACUGGUGAAAUUGUCCUAAUCGGCGAAAUAGAUUAUGAAAAGGCGAAAAUGUAUCAAAUGGACAUUGAAGCUGUAGACAACGGAGGACUCUCUGAUUCCACUAAAGUAAUCGUUGAUGUUAUUGAUAUUAAUGACAAUGAUCCUCACAUAAAUAUUGUUUCUAAAUCAGAGUCCAUAUUAGAGGACUCCCCUCCAAACACUGUUAUAGCUAUGUUAAGCGUAAAUGAUCCAGACUCAGAAAAUAAUGGAGAGGUCGAGUGUAACAUAAACGGCAACAUUCCCUUUAAAAUACAGACUACCUUGAAUGGAUUUUAUACUUUAGUUACAGAGGUCAAUUUAGACAGAGAGAUCGCUUCUCAAUAUGAUAUAACGGUCACGUGCUCUGAUGAGGGAGUGCCCUCCCUCUCCAGCAGCGUCACUCUCACCUUACAGAUCUCUGAUGUGAAUGAUAACGCGCCUGUCUUUGAGAAGAGCUCAUAUGAGGCCUACAUUAUAGAAAACAACACACCAGGCCUCUCUAUAUUCACAGUGAAAGCCAGAGACGCUGACUGGAACCAGAAUGCUCGUGUUUCUUACAUACUGGAGGACUCCUCUGUUAACGGAGUGCCAGUCUCCUCAUAUGUGUCCGUCAGUGCUGAUAGUGGAGUCAUCCAUGCAGUGCGCUCUUUUGAC